AAAAAUUACGCUUGAUAGGUCUUUGUUUUUCCAACCAACUAAAAACAGCUAAAAAUUCCAUUCGAUUGUAAUUUUGCGUUUGAGGCAGAUUUUAGAGCAGUUUCUCCAUGUACAUAGUUUCAUUGAAAAACAUUUUCAUGUAAAAAAGUUUUAUGUCGAUCGUCAAACUGUAAGCGGUGAUCAUGAACCUGUCCCACUUUCUGGAAAAGUUGAAGAUUGGGAAAAGAUACGUUCUGCUCGAUGUGGUGGUUCAGCCGGAUUGUGAGCAGCCGUGGGAAAGUGCCGGGCCGGAAAAUAAAUUUAUUCCGACAGAGGUGUGGAAAAUGAUUUACCGGAAGCUAGAAGGCAUCUGUCGGAAACAAUUCGAUGAGCGAGGCAGGUCCAAGGGCAGCAAGUGCGAUUUGGACAAGGAAUACAAAUGCCGGCUGGACGACAAACCAACCUACUUGCUCAAGUAUCAAUUCAAGGAUGAGAACACUCGGACGAUUCUGAAUGUUGUUUUCAAUGAUAAUGAUAAAAAACUGCACGACGAAUGCCUCGUGGUUGAGAUUGUGGAUGAAACGAAGAAUCUGUUUCGGGAACUGGAGGAGAAGAAGAAAACUAUCGAACAGCUGCAGAAGGAAAACGAGAAGUUGAAAGAGUUGCCGGCUUUAAGCCAAGAAUACACACCAGCUCCGGUGAAAAAGUCUACAUCGUCAGGCGCUUCGCUAGAAUACAUUCCAACGGCGAUCAACGGUGAAUCUCCGAUAAAUUCUUCCAGCUAUAAAGCACGUAAAAUUGAGUCCACGGUUAAACCCGAGCCGGAUCCGUACACACCGACUUCCAGCCAGGAACACAAUCCAGACAAAAUUGCCUAUGUUCCUAGGAGUUUGAGUACACCUCUCAAGUCGGAGUCAGAUGUAAGAGCUCCCGGUUCCGUUGAAAGUACGAUUGUUGGGAAAAGGCGCAAGCGCCAGAAAGCUAUUUUUGGUUCCGAAGACGAGGACGAAGUAAAUCUCUCCCCAAUCAUAAUUAAAGAUGAAAGCUCCUUAAACCGCAGCGACGAGGACAUGUUUAGCUCGGAACCGUCUCAACCGGUGGUCUGCCCCAGCAGUGAUGAUUUACCAGACUCGAAUAGCUGCACGCGUAAGCAGUUACCGCGGAAAACCAAAGCACGGAUGAUGAGUCCGGAGAAGACUCCUCCUCCUUCGACAUCUUCGUUGACCAAACGUCGCCGUAGGGAAGAUGUGUCCGCUGCAAAGGAUUCGUCUAGCAAGGGAACUCUAGACGGUUGGAUGCGGAAGUUGGAUUCAAAAAAGGACGAAAGUCUCCCUUCAUCGUCUAAGGAUAAAAGUAACAAAGAUAGGUCCCGCAAGACGAAAAAGGAUGGCGAGGAAAAAUUUGUGGCGGCUCCGAUCCACGUUGACCGUGAUAAGCUCAGACAAGAUGCGGAAAAUAUGCGCAAGACGAUCGCUGCCUUGGAUCAGCUGGACAAGUUGUAUCCGGAGGAUAAGACUCUACUGGAUAUACCUGUUCUAAAUUGCCAUGAAAUGUCGGCGGAUGAGAUUAACGCGACAUUUGUCGAUUACCGAGAAGAACUUAAGGAAAUCUACGAUGAGCACAAGGAUAAAUCAGAACGAGAGUUGCUUGAAACUAGUCUGUGCAACUGGCAAGAAGUUACGAGCGUUCUGAGCGACCAGCAGACCUACGUAAUGAUUUCUCGCCUCGAGCAGUUCAAUUCCGCGGAGCAAAGUGGGAUGGUAAAAUUACUACACGGAAUUCUUAGCAUCAACCCUAGUCAUGGAGUGGGGGCUUCGCAUUUGGAUGAAAAAGUACGACUACACCGAUCGUAAGCAAGCGCUCGCCCGUAUCAAGCUGCAGGAGGAAGCCAACCCACUGGAAAUAACGCCAACUACCCUAAACUCGUUGAUGGGCCAUCGACGACGGAAGCACUGAUACCGCAUUUAUCCAUGCCUUAUUUCGUAAGUUAUUUUAUACAUGUUUUUGUUUUAUGUUAUUCAAGGUUGCAUUUUGUAAAAAAAAGAAACGGCAGCAUUCGUUUAGAGUCAUUGAUAUGACGGUACCUAAUGUUAAAUUUUUAGAUAAUUUACAUAAUACGAGAGAAAGAAAUUUAUUCUCAAUCAUA